AAUUGUUUUAACUUUUCCCUAUUUUAAUGCUAAUUAACUUAAACAUUUUAAUUUUCAAAGUGUUUAUCACAAAACUAAAAGAUUUAAUCUCCAAAAUUUGCAGUGAUUAGAAUAAUUCUUAAUCGAAAAGUAAUAAGUGAAAGACGAAACAAUAAUUAGUUAAUCUCCAAAAGGCCUCAAGGUAAACACAAAAGAAUCGCCAAAGAAAAAGCUUUGAUUAAAUUGUUAAUUAACCACAAAGACAAAACCUAAAGAUUAGUGAUGAGCAAUUAAAAGACCAAAACCCGAUCAUCUUUUCGUAUCAACUUCAUUCUCACUUCAAACUCUCAACAAUCAACAUCAACUUUUCUUUUUUUUCUUUUUUCAUUUUUCAUUUCAUUUCAUUUUAUUUCUUCUUCUUCUUUUUAAUUUGUUAAUUACCUUCGUUGUCCAUCAUCAUGAAAAUGUCCAUCACUCGAGUUGAUCCUUUGUCCAUUGAGAUUCCAAAAAAACCUCCGAAUAAAUCGGCUUCUGAACAUCGACGAGCAACUAAACCGAUUAUGGAGAAACGAAGACGAGCUCGAAUCAAUAAUUGUUUGGAACAAAUUAAAUCACUAAUCCUUCUUGCUCUCAACAAAGACCCAGCUAAACAUACGAAAUUAGAGAAAGCCGAUAUUCUCGAGAUGACCGUCGAAUACCUUAAGGGUAUGACCUCAAUUCAAUCAAUCGAUAAAUCAAGUGUAAUUAAAAGCCUUAAAUCGGGUUUCGAUGAAUGUGCCUCUGAGGUUGAACGAUUUGUUGACAUUGAUUCGAACAUGGAUUUGGCAAUGAAACGUCGUUUAAAAUGUCAAUUGAAAAAUAAUUUCUCAUCGUUAACCAUCAACAAUUUAAUCUCCAAUUCUAAUCUGGUUUCAUCAACAACCUCAUCAUCUUCAUCAACUGGUCCAUCAUCUCCCAUCCUAAGUCCACUUAACAUGAAAACCGAACCAGUCUCACCUUUAACCGUUAAUCGAGAUGCAUUAACAACAAUCUCCUUUAAUUACAACAAUUCAACCAAAAGUCAAUCACAAUUAACUCCACCACCUUCAGCCAAUUCAUCUAAUGAAUCUUUCAGAUUUUCCCCUGUUCACUUUGAUCAUCAAUCUCAUCAUAAUCUUCACAAUCAAUAUCUUAACCAUCACCUUAAUCAAUCAUCAAAUUAUAUCAUCUCACCAAUUUCACCUUCAUCACAUCUCAUCGACGAUCCAAUGGAUUGUAUUCCCGUUGAUUGUUCCAAAUCAUCUAAAUUAAAUCUCGACGAUAACGUUUGGAGGCCUUGGUAAUUAGUGUCUUACCAACACCAAUGGAUUAAAUUCACCACCGGUGCCUUAACUUAAUUAGUUAACGGAAGAAAAGAAAAACUAAUUGCCACAACAAUUAAAAACUUUCUUUCUUCUUCCUCAUCAUUAUUAACAAAUCAACAAUUGUUAAUUGUCGUUGAUCAUCAGCAUCAUUAUCACUAUUAUAUUUCCCUUCUAUUGAUCUCUUUCUCUGUAAAUAGAUUUAAUCAACAUCAUAAAUUGAUUAAAUAUCUAUUCAUAAUUAAUCUAAUUACUUAGAUGCACUUUGUCAAUCCCAUGAACCACCAAAUGCCUUUAAUUUACUACCUGUUAAUUGAUUGUAAAUAUUAAUUGUUACAAAAUUUGAAUACAAAUAUAUUUAUAUAUAUAUAAUAAGAACAUAAUUAAAUCUUAAUUACCAACUAAA